AUGGAAGCAGCGGGUUUCGCGAUAGGCCUCGUCGGGCUCGCUGGACUGUUCAGCUCCUGCGUCGACGCUGUCGCACGGGCGCAUACCUACAAGUCCUUCUCGAGCGACUCGCAAGCACUCGAUCUCCAAUUUAGCGCGACGAAGCUCCGGCUUGAAACGUGGGGCCGCGCCGUGGGUUUUGCUGGUGCGGGCGCCGUCGCCGCCGUGGGAUACGAUGCCCCGCUCCAUCACCCGGCGCUUGAUGAUGAGCGGAUCCAACGUGCGACCGUCGAGAUCUUCGGCUUCGUCGAGCAACUAUGCGAGGAAGCCACGAAUGCGGGCAGAUUGCGCUUGGACACCGCUGCCGACUCAUCAGCGUCGCGCGACCCACGUAUGAAGCCGAGCGGCUGCGGUGCCCGGCGCAAGCUGUCUUGGGCCAUGGGGGGCCGAUUGAGGCGCACGGAAAAGCUUGAGCUGUUCAAGGAGCUGGUGCAGACGCUGUACAACCUCGUGCCACCAGACGACUACGAGGCAGGCAGACCGGUUGCCAGCGCCUGGUCAACCGAGUUUGGCCAGAUCAUGUCCCGUCUCGAGGCCCGGGCCCGCCAAGACGUCCACGCGUGGCUGCGUCCCAUUCCGGGCGAACGAUACCAUGACUCGUUACAGCGACGCCUGGAUGGCACCUGCGUCUGGAUGCUCAAUGAGUCGCUCUUUCAGCAGUGGAUGACAUCGGAGCUGUCGCCAGGCCCCAGCAUCUUAUGGCUUCACGGCCCUGCCGGCUUCGGCAAGACGAUCAUGUGCGCCAACAUCAUCCAACACCUCACCACUACGCUCACGACGCCUACGGCACACUUCUUCUUCUCGUCCGACGCAUCCAGCAGCCGCGACGACCCAUUUCUUGCCAUACGAUCCUGGGUCUCUCAAGUCAUCUCGACCCACGAUGGAGCGUUCCAGCUUGCCCUGGAGCGUCAGGAGUGCGAUCCUGACCCCAUUGCCACUCGCCACACCAUCAUGUCGGUUUUCGAGAGCAUCGCAUGCCUGAUGCCCGGCUGUACCUUUGUUCUGGACGGACUGGACGAGUGUACCAACAUCGACGGCGGUGACCGGGACUCGGUCGUCGUCUUCCUUGACGCUGUCAUGAAGGCACUCGCAGGCGCCAAGGCCAGGCUGCUGGUGGUCAGUCGUUUUCUUGCCGAGAUUCAGCAUUCGCUGCGCGGGGACGAGCCGGAAAGCCUUCGCGAGUACAAGCUGCGGCCGAGCCAUGUCCAGGCCGACAUUGCAGCCUACUCGCGCGACGUCGUUGAAAAGAAACUGCAAAACAAAAAUACGGCACUCCGGGCCUCUCUCUCGAACACCAUGGCCGAGAGGUGCGAGGGCCAGUUUCUGUGGAUCAGGCUGCAGGGGGACUCACUGCGCAGGGGCAUGUCCAAGAAACAACUCGAGGAUGCGGUCAAAGACACGCCGACGAACCUGGAACGCGUCUACGACCACAGCUGGACGCUCAUCACGCAGCUCAAAGACGCCGACCGGACGCGUGCCUUUGCCCUGCUUCGAUGGGCUGCGUUUGCGCAACGGCCCCUAACAGUCGUCGAGGUUGUUGAGGCCGUUCUUGUCGAAGAGACGCAGCAGUGCGAUGUCGACGACCUCAUCGACGAGAUCGACGAGGACUACGUCGAAACAGAAAUCAUGGGGCUCUGCGGCCCGCUGCUUGAAGUCAAAACCGACGUGGAACGCUGCGGCCACUGCACUUUGCAUCUGCAUCACUUCACCGUCAGGCAGUACCUUGCCGGCAGGCUUACGACCCCGGGCUGGGUCAGGUCUAGCCAGUUGCACGGCCAGGCAACCCGGGAGAUGCUCCAUCACACUUUUCUGGCAGAGGUGUGCAUCCGCUACCUGGACUUGCCGCAAGUCUGGGCAAGACCGCUGGACUCUGCAUGCCGUGCGCCAGGUUCAGCUUUCCGGGACUAUGCCGCGAGUUUCUGGUACUACCAUACCAAAUCAGGCGUUGCGAGCGAUCCGACACUCAUGCAAGUUGCCAUGGAGUUCUGCCAUUCUGACAACGCACGCUGGAUCUCCUGGAGAACGCUGCGCCAGAUGGCAUCGGGUAACAAGACCUCGCCCGCAGGACCCGUCCUUUCCGCGCUGAGGCUGGGCGUACCGGAGCUGGCCCUGUGCUUGCUGAAGACGGGCAGUAUUCGGCUGACGACCUGGACUUCGGGCGCACCUCCGCAUUCAAACCCGCGUUGCGCUUUCGGCUUGACGUCCGUCAUUGAGGCUAUGAUUGGGCUGGGCGCCGACCCAUGCUUCAUAGACACCUUGGGAACGACUCCCCUAAGCUUGGCAUCAGGCAGCGAAAAUAUCGAGGCAGUCAAGAUCUUACUCCAGAACAACGCCAGUGCCCGGGUACCUAGCAAAGAAGACGGAUCUGCGCUCUACCAAGCGUCGAGGUACGGGCCAGUAGAUAUCGUACAGCUUCUUCUCGAGAAUCAUGCCGUCGACACAAUCAACGACACGGUCAGAGAGGAAAUCACACCUCUUCACAUUGCGUGCAUGAACGGACACGCAGAUAUCGUCCGACUGCUGUUGAGCCAUGGAGCGGAUCCCUCCAAAAGAUGCAGCACAUCCCUAACGGCAUUCGGGUUGGCGGUGUACAAUGGUUUCGCGGAGAUAGUUCGCAUGUUUCUCGAGUACGGUGCCAGCGCGAAAGGCUCUGAUGAUGACAACGUCGAUCCUGUGCAUCCGUGUGCGCAAUCUGGCCACCUCGACUUGCUCCAUCUGCUCAUCAGUCACGGGGCUGAUGUGACUGCCAGAUCAAAGACAGGCCGAACGGCGCUCUACUUGGCAGCCGCGGGCGGAGAGAUGGCCGUCGUCAAGACUCUUGUCGAGAUGGGUGUCGACGUCAACGCCCGAGACCAAUUUGGGCACACGGCCCUCGUGGCAUCGGCCGACAUUGGUCAUCUGGAAACAGUGACGUAUUUGCUUGCGCACGGCGCCUGCUGCCAUGCCGUCAGUAGAAGAGGCGGCACGGCAUUGUCCGCGGCGGUGCGUUCGAAUAAUGCAAGCGUUGUGAGGGCAAUACUCCAGCACAGCAGCCUAUCUGCCUCGAGCGAGUGUCACAAGCCUCGCCAGCGGGAGAAACCGACAUCGGACGAAGAUCUCGACGCGCUGUCCGGCAAUUCGGACGUGGCUGAUGACAGGCUCGUGCUCGAACCGGCCCAAAUGGUCAACAUCAUGAACACACACUAUGGCCGUGGGAACGCACCAAUUCAUCUAGCGGCGCACAACAACAACUUGGAACUAUUCGAACUAUUGCUAGAUCACGGAGCGGACAUGAAUGCGGUCCAAGCCGACGGAGUAACCGCAUUACACACGAUCGUCCAGUCGAACUACCUGGACCUCGCAAAGUCUUUGCUGCGGCGGGGCGUCAAUGCUGAUGUUGGUACGGUGCACAAGGCCAUUCAUUAUGCAGUCACAGAAGGCCGAGCAGAGAUGGUCAAGCUACUGCUGGACUCCGGGGUCAGUAUUGAAAGUACCGAUGUAUUAGGAAACACGGCUCUGAACUGGGCAGCAAAGGACGGCAAUACGGAUUUGAUUCGACUACUUCUCGAGCGCGGAGCCGAUCACGCAGCCGUCAACGUGAAUGGAACUACUGCGUUGCAUAUCGUGUCGCAGAAUGGCCAUACAGAUUGUGUCAGGCUCCUCCUGGAGCACGGUGCGAAUCCCGCAGCCGCCGAUUCUAUCGGAAUCACCCCGCUACACUUCGCGUCAAGGCACGGUCAUCCAGACGCCGUCAGAUUGCUGCUGAGGCAUGGAGCGAACAUGAGGGCCACCUGUCAUCACCGCUCAAUUCCUCUUGCAAACGCUGCAUAUUAUGGCCAAGUUGAUGUCGUCAAGGUCCUCAUUGAGCAUAACGCUUCAUUCGAAGCCGCCGACAACGCGAGUCCGCCACUACGCGUAGCGGUCUCCCAAGGCCACGCUGCGGUUGUCAAGUUGCUCCUGGAUGCCGGGGCUGCUGUGGAUGCUACCGAGAUGGACGAAUGUCCCCAGACGCCACUGCAUACGGCGGUCAUCGCGGGCCGUGUCGACAUUGUGCAGAUGCUUCUCGAGAAAGGAGCUGACGUCGCGAGACCUCUUGCCGAAGGGCCUUUGCCGUUGUACUCGGCCGCCUCGCAUGGCCAUCUCGAAGUGACGAGAGCUCUGCUCGACGCGGGGGCUGAUGUCAGUGCUGCCGGAGGCCAUCCAGUGGCAGGCUGGCCCGCUCUUUUCAUUGCGGUGCAUUCUGAUCAUGAGGCCGUCACGCGGCUGCUUCUCGAGCGUGGAGCUGACGGCAACUUUGCGUCGCAGGACGGCAAUAGCCCGCUCCAGCUUGCGGUCAGAAAAUCGCACACAAGCAUCGUCAAGUUGCUCCUAGAAAAUGGAGCGGAUGCCAGUGGCGCCAACACGGCCAACGUUCUCAGGCCAUUGUGUGUGGCUACGUGGAAUGGUCAAAUCGACAUCAUGAAGCUCCUGCUCGGCCACGGUGCCGAUCCCAUGGCCCCCAGCAUGAACGGGCUCAGGCCGCUCGACCACGCCGCCGAAACGAAUAACUUGGAAGCCAUGGAGACUCUAGUCAAGAGUCGACCUGGUGCCGCUUGGGCGGCCGACAAGAGGGCCAGGUCGCUUGUGCAUCGUGCGGCGCGAUCGGGCCACGUGGACAUGUUCAGGCUCUUCCUCGAGCACGGCGUCUGUGCCGCGCCUCACGAAAGAGCCGAACUGUUGCACAUUGCGGCAAGAUACGAUCGAGACGCCAUCAUCGAGGCGCUCAUCGCCGUGGCGGGCAUCCCCUCUGUGGAGGUUGACUGUCGCGACGAAAUGCAGCGCACGCCGCUCUUGCUUGCAGCAAGAGCCGGGCGUCUGCAGGCAGUGCGGUCCCUCGUCCGGGCCGGCGCGCGCCUGGACACGGCGGACUGGAAGGGAUGGACGCCUUUGACGGCGGCAGAGCAGUGCGGGCGGCGGGCCGUGGCGGCGUGCCUCAAGAGAUACCAAGCCGAGGGAGAUGCACAGUCCACGCCGGGAUCAUUCGCCCCUGACGGUGACGACGAGGUGGUGGCGGCGGACGAGGCAGCAGAGCGCGGCCUCGCGUAUUGCGACAGCUGCUUGCGAGACGUGCCUGACGAUUCUGGUCAAGAAUGCGCUCGCUGCGGCGAUACUUUGUUUUAUCUAUGCGCUGAGUGCUUUGGAAAGGGUGGUGGAUGUAUAGACCCGGUGCACGAGUUUUGGCCUCCGAGGGAUGCUGCGGCAACCAGGGGCUCUGCGGAGGCUGUAGCAGCAUAG